GGCAGGGGGACACAGGAUGGACGAGCUAAUAGGAGUACCUAACGGGACAUGCGGACGCGCUGAUUUCUUCUAAUAUUUCAAUUACUGUUUGUGUCGGUGUGACCCCUCGCCAUGCCGCUGGUGAAGAGGAACAUCGAGCCGCGCUACCUCUGCCGAGGGGAGCUCCCAGACGGCAUCGGCAGCGAGCUGGAGUGCGUGAUGAACAACACGCUCUCCGCUAUCAUACGUCAGCUCAGCAGCCUGAGUAAACAUGCAGAGGACAUAUUCGGAGAGCUGUUUAACGAGGCCAACACAUUUUAUCUGCGUGCCAACUCUCUCCAGGAUCGCAUCGACCGACUGGCCGUCAAGGUCACACAGCUCGACUCCACAGUGGAAGAAGUUUCCCUUCAAGACAUCAACAUGAGGAAAGCCUUCAAGAGCUCCACCACUCAGGACCAGCAGGUGGUAUCCAAGAGCAGUGUGCCCAAUCCCGUCAAAGAGAUGUACAACCUGAGUGACAAGCCUCCGCCGCUCAGCAUCCUCUCAACUUACAGGGAUGACUGCAAAGAUGCUCUUAAGUUCUACACUGAUCCCUCAUACUUCUUUGACCUGUGGAAGGAGAAGAUGCUUCAAGAUACAGAGGAUAAGAGGAAAGAGAAGAGGAAGCAGAAGGAGCAGAGGCGCUGUGUGGAUGGCACAUUACAGCGGGAGGUGAAGAAGGUCCGAAAGGCGAGGAACCGUCGCCAGGAGUGGAACAUGUUGGCUCUGGAUAAAGAGCUGAGGCCGGACCAUCGACACACCAUACACCGAGACAGAGGGGCUUCCUCUGAGGGCUCGAUGUCUCCAGAAAACAGGGGUCACGGUCCUGACCAGCAUCACUUCCCCAACUCCAUGAACCACGCCGGCCACGCCCACACCUACUCCGGCCCUCCGCCCAGCAUCCUGGCAGCCCAGAUGGCUGCAGGGCACGGCCCUCGUGGAGGAGGUGAGCAUGAUAACAGAGGAAGGACGAUGAUGGCUUAUCAAGGCGGAACAUUGGGGCGCACUCAUCACCACCAUCACCAAGUCCCAUUGCCUCCUCCACCCUCUGAGGCCAUGAACGGUGGUUCCAUGUCCCUUCCACCAAUGGAUUACAGUAUGGAUGGUUAUGCCAACACUGGUCCUCCUCCCCCUCCCCCGGCCCCUCUCAUCCCUUCUGCCCAAACUGCCUUCGCCUCACCCCCUGGAGGACCGAUGUCCCCAGGACAGAUGACCGGUGUUGGUGGCUACGCUCCACCGCCUCCACCUUUAUCUGGGGCCCAUGCAGCUCCACCUCCUCCUGGUCCUCCACCUCCUCCCCUUCCAGCUGGUGCCUCCCAUUUCAUGUCCCACAAGAUGUCUUCCGCUGCACCCGCUGAGACCACAGCGGUCAAUGAUGCCCGCAGUGACCUGCUGGCUGCCAUACGAAUGGGCAUCCAGCUGAAGAAGUUCAGGAGCAGCAGGAGCAGCAGGCUAAGAGGGAGCCAGUUGGAAACGACGUGGCCACCAUCCUGUCGCGACGCAUCGCCGUCGAGUACUCAGACUCCGAGGACGACUCGGAGCUGGAGGAGAACGACUGGUCGGAUUAAGAAGGAAAAACAAGAGAUAUCCGCUGACACACAAUCAGUCAAUCUCACACUCACUUGAAAGAAUGCCCACUGUAACACACACACACACACACGGGGUCGCCACCCACUGUUGCUGGAAAAAACACACACACACACACACACACACACACACACACACACACAUACACACCACACCUACACACAAUCACAUGCUGUAGGUUGAUAUAAGCUGAAUGG